CCGUCUGGUGUGGCCAUAACUGGGAAACGCAAGCGCGAGAACUCGUCUAGUUCGCGCGAGAACUGUUACUGCUCAAUUUCCAAUCACGAUCUAGAAAACGCAUGCGCGAGAAUAGUUGUCAACUUUUGAACUGCUGAGAAAUGGUUUUGCUCGUGUUUUAUGUUUAAAAUCGUUUGUUUCCCUUUUAGAGACGCUGAUUUCACACAAUGAAACUCUCCCGGGCAGAGUAUCGUGUAAUAGCAAAAUAUACAGACCAACUUAAACCUACGCGUCAGUGUAUGAAAAUGCUUCAGGAAAGAUUCCCCGGUUAUUUGCCCUCCACCCUGCUGAGCAUCUUCUCUCUGGAGUACCAGAAGAGAAUUAAAAGAACCAUUUCAAAACACCACACCCCAGAGGCUUUUGAGGACUACUAUCAAAGUUACAUGCACCAAAUGAAGAUGUGUCGUUCAUCCCAAGUCCUGUUCAGUUUGGCUAAUAAGGUGGAUUUAUCCCCAUCACUCAUGGCACGCAUAAUUCUGGAAAGAUUCCUUCAAGAACAAGACGACACCCCAUUUUCUAAACAGGUUUUAAACAGUAUGCUGCGGGAUCCAUCUUCGAUUCCAGACCACAGUCUUGCUGAUAAUGUUUACCAGUGCACUAUAAAUGACUGCUGUUAUGGCCCAUGGGUGGACUCUAUCAAACAUGCCAUUGGCCACGAACAUGAGAUGCUGCUUCAUGAUAAGCUGAGAGAGAAAAACCUGUCCUUUUUGGAUGAAAACCAGCUUCGAGCCAAAGGCUAUGACAAGACACCUGAUAUCAUUUUGGAGGUCCCUAUAGCUGUUGAGGGUCGGAUAGUUCACUGGAUUGAGAGCAAAGCUUCUUUUGGGGAUGAUCACAGCCACCAGAACUACCUGAAUGAGCAGUUCUGGAGUUAUUGGAACAGAUUUGGUCCAGGAUUGGUUAUCUACUGGCAUGGCUUUAUUGAAGAGCUAGACUGCCAUCGAGACAGAGGCAUCAUGCUGAAGGACGGCUUCCCCUCUGACAUUGUGACUUUGAGCUACAGGACUGGCUGAGGCCUGAGUGCAGAGGAAAGGCGUCUGCAAGGUUUCCCUUUCCUUUGAUGAAGUAGUAGCCAGUACCUUUUCUGGUCUGUCCCAGGGUUAGGCCAGCAUUUUUAAUAUGGAAGCACAUACUUUGUUUCUGCUUAAUACACAUCUACUCAAAAAUAUAAUUAUCAGACUGACCUGUUUCUCUUGAUAACUGACAUUUUAUAGUUGCAUUGUAAGUAUUUUUAUGGGGUACAUUUCUUGUGUUAAUAGUUGGAGGCUUUAACAUUAGCAGGUCAACGCUUCAACUUUCAUGCCCCUUUAAUGAAAAUGACAAAAUAAACAGAACAAUUGUGCAA